GAACGAAAGGAACGAUUUACUAAAUGGAACGACAUUUCCCACAACAAAUGGCUAGGCAUGGCGGAUAACUUAUUAUCUACACAAACUAGCCGCCAGUUCUAUGAUAACGUGUGUGGAUGGAAGUUAUAUACGCAUGGGUGAAUAAAUCCGUAUCGUUUCAUACAUUCUGCACUGGGAUGUUUCACCGUAAACACGGAUAUUUAUAAAUAAAUAACAAUACUCUGCUGAUAGCCGGAAAGAACAGAUUGUUCAUCGGUUAAGACACUGAGGGUUUUAUGAAACGUGUGUAAGAGUUCCAGACGUUAAAUUUAAAAAUCAAUGAAAGAUGAAACAGAAAACGAAAAGGAAAAAAAGCGGUAAUUAAUUGCCGCUCUGUCACUGAAGAGAACUGUUCUGUCUUACUUCUCUGCGACUAGAUCAUUCGUCGAAUUCCUUUUACGAUCGAAAUGGAAAGAUUACAAACUUGGCUGGUCCGCAAGGACAAAUUAUGUCUGCCACUGUGGAGAACAAUGUCGACAAAAUGUUACAUGAUAUUCAGUGCUCUUAGCGCCGGAGCUACGGUCAUCACAUUUUUUUUGAUAUACUGGUUUUGCGGUGGCUUAGUGGCACUAUCAUUUCUUCUGUUGAGUAUUAUUGGGUUUGUAUAUCAUUCGGAAGAUUACUUAUUAUAUUACCCAGACCUACCCGAUCAUUCACGAAUAUUUGUACCACAACCAUCAUUGUAUGGCUUACCAUACGAAAAUAUAUUUAUCAAAAGUUUAGAUGGCACUCGGUUACACUUGUUUUUGAUAAAACAACCCGGUGAUAUUUCUAAGAUAGUACCCACGAUUUUAUUCCUGCACGGAAAUGCAGGAAACAUAGGCCACAGAUUAUCAAAUGUAGUAGGCUUCUAUAAUGAAUUGAGAUGCAAUAUAGUAAUGCUCGAGUAUCGUGGAUAUGGAUUAUCGCAAGGUUCACCAUCUGAAAAUGGUUUUUAUAUGGAUGCAAGUGCAGCAAUGGAUUUUAUAUUAACUCGAAAUGACUUAAAUCUUGGCAGGAUUAUAGUAUUUGGUCGCUCAUUAGGUGGUGCAGUGGCUAUUGAUUUAGCAGCUCGUAUAGAAUACUCACAAAAAAUUUGGUGUGUAAUAGUAGAGAAUACAUUUACAAGUAUACCAGAUAUGGCAACAGUACUUAUGUCUUUUGAACUUUUUAAAUACGUCCCUUUAUUCUUGUAUAAAAAUAAGUAUAUGUCCAACUGGAAGAUGGGCAAAAUGCAGAUACCAAUAUUAUUUGUUUCGGGCGAAGAGGAUACCUUAGUUCCUCCAGCAAUGAUGACAAAUUUGUUUGAUGCAUAUUGUGGCCCUUUAAAACAAAUUGUAAGGUUUAGAAGAGGAUCACAUAACACCACAUGGAACUGUCCUGGUUAUUACAAAAAGAUUAGGCGGUUUUUAAAGAUUACAGCAAAACAUAGGCCUAACGCAGAAGAUCUCCAUUGUAUCAUAAAAAUUGUUUGA